CACAGCUCAGCUCUUUUAACACUCAGCUUCGGACACCAUCAAGUGAGCAGCAGCCCAACAUCUGUCCUGCAGAAAUCCCUCUGCUCCUCAAGAAACAAUGGAAGAUUAUGAAUAUUCAGACUAUGAGUACAGUAACGAUUCACAAUUUCCUGCGUACGAGGAGUCCGCCUUUCAGCACAAAGCGACGUGUUUGAAGGAAUUCUUGUGUGUAUUUUUGCUGGUGGUCAGCGUGGGGAUUUUCCUGCUGGGCUUCUGUGGAAAUGCAUUAGUCAUCUGGAUUUCUGGCUUCAAGAUGAAGAAGACGGUGAACACCACUUGGUACUUGAGCCUGGCGAUCUCCGACUUCGUCUUCUGCACCUUUCUCCCGUUCAGCAUCACCAACAUGGUGAUGGAUGAGUGGCUCUUUGGCCGCUACAUGUGCAAGUUUACCUCGUCCAUCAUGUUCGUCAACAUGUUCACUAGCAUCUUCCUCCUGGUCUUCAUCAGCAUCGACCGUUGCAUCUCUGUCAUGUUUCCGGUUUGGGCCCAGAACCAGCGCACUGUCAACAAGGCGUCCGCUGUCGCCGUCCUGGCCUGGAUUCUCGGCGUCGCACUGAGCAUUCCCUCCAUGAUCUUCCGGGACGUAGGCAGUCACAUGGGAAGGACCAUGUGCUUCAACAACUACACACUACAUCAAGACAGUCACAAAAUAGUUGCAGUGAGCCGCUUCAUUGUCGGGUUUGUAAUCCCAUUCAUCAUCAUCAUUUUAUGUUACUCCAUCAUCAUCCUCAAGCUCCGCACCAGCAGGAUGACCAAGUCCACCAAACCCUUCAAAGUGAUGAGCUCACUGGUAGCUGCUUUCUUCAUCUGCUGGCUGCCCUACCACGUGUUCGUCCUGCUCGAGCUGAACCAUCAAAACUACAACCAUGAUAUCUUGACCUCUGGACUCAAAGUAGGCGCUUCUAUGGCAGCAGCCAACAGCUUCCUCAACCCGGUGUUGUAUGUUUUCAUGGGCAAUGACUUCAAGCAGAAGUUCAAGAGCUCCGUGCUCUCGAAGAUGGAGAACGCGAUGGCAGAGGAAGGGCGCACCACCAGCAGAUACCUGUCCAGGUCCAGCUCGAUGGACGGCAGAGCUUCCACACACAUCUAGAGAUGUCACAUAUCCAAAUAUUACAGUUUUAAAAUCUGCAAUUCAUCAAAUAUGCCUUUGAUUUUGGGGAGAAUCUGCAAGCCUGAGUCCAUACUCAGCUCACGCUGCAGGGUGAGUGGAAUCAGUCUCAUGUUUCAGAUUAAAAAUGUAAUGGCUGUAGAAUAUGAUGUACAGAUAAAACAUGUGAUAUCAUUAUUAUUGUGACUCAUUUACCAUAGAACUGAUUGUUGUAAAGUGGUCAUUUGUGUCCUUGACCUCUGAACUAACACAAUAUUAAGGCUAAACUGAAGAUUAACAUUUGCUUAAGGAAACAAGACCUGGUGACUGUUUUUUCUGUUUGAACUUACGUGAACUCUCAACUGACAUAACACCCGAAGAGAGGUGUUAUUUGGUUUUGUUUAUGGACACCACGUCGUGCAAUAACUUCUGUGUAGCAUCAUAUUCUUUUAGUUGCAUCCAUAGUUUGACUGAAAUGCAAAGUUCAGAUGGGUGGACGAUAACUGUGUGGGAUGAUUUUCCUGUAUAACAACUCAUCAUGAUGCAGUACAAAUAACAUCAAUUCCAGCUAUUAUUACCAGUUUGUUAAAUGAAUGCAUAUUUUUUGAUUUCAUUUAUGAGAAGUGUACAGUGGAAAUGAUUUGUGCAAUAAAGUGUUUAAUGGUUUUCCCA